CGAUACUCCGCGAUCGAUACCGUUACGUUACCCGAUACCGCGAUUUAGAACUAUGGUUAUAGUGGCCUUGGAGAGAUUGACUCAUAGCACUAGUAGUACUACUUCAACAAGGUUGUUGGAUACUAUAUUAUCAAGCAAUUUCAGUGGUUUAAGUGGUGAAAUUCAUUUUGAAGAUGAGAGGCUAUCAUACAAACCUAUAUAUCGGGUAAUCAAUGUCUUCAAUCUGACAUACAACAAGCUGGAAUAUUGGUCUCCUGAGUUCGGGUUCUUGAAAAGUCUUGAUGCUGCAAAAAGCGGAAAGAAUGGCUCAAAUGGAAAAGAUGAUUGGAGGAAAAGCUUAGGAAACCUAAAGCGGGUUCCAAAAGGAUGGGCAAUGCCUAGUUUGGAAGAUCCACUGAUAAUCGGAGUACCUGGUAGAGCUGCUUUUGACGCCUUUGUAAAGAUAAUGCCAUCAACCAAGAAUACGAAUGAGACCUAUGAUGGUUUUUGCAUUAGUGUUUUUAAGGAGGUGCUCAAGAUUUUGGACUAUGAUCUACCUUACAAAUUUGUGGAGUUCAAUGGCACCUAUGGAGAUUUGGUUGAAAAUGUCGCUAACAAGACUUUUGGUGGAGCUGUUGGUGAUAUAACUAUACUAGCUGAACGUUGGAGGGGCGUGGAAUUCACACAACCAAUUACCGAGUCAGGCUUGUCGAUGGUAGUUCCUGUAAAGCCUGCUUCCAAAGCAUGGAUAUUUCUUGAGCCUUUCACUCUGGAAAUGUGGUUAGCCACAGGGGCCAUUUUGAUCUACACAAUGUUCAUUGUUUGGUUCUUGGAACAUCGAUCCAAUCCAGAAUUCAGUGGUCCAUGGAAGGAUCAACUAGGAAAUGUUCUUUGGUUCACCUUCUCUUCACUUUUCCUUGUUCACAGGGAAAAGAUCCAAAGUAACUACACUCGAGUUGUGGUUGUCGUGUGGCUUUUUGUGGUGCUGAUCUUAACACAGAGUUUCACUGCCAGUCUCACUUCAAUGCUUACAAUCUCCCGACUACAACCAAACGUUAACCCCAUGAGCAAAGUUGGUUGUGAUGCAAAUGCAUUUAUGAGUACAUAUGUGCAGGAUGUGCUUAAAUAUAAAUCAGAGAAUGUUAAGCUCAUUAGGGACCAAGACGAAUAUCUCAAGGCGUUCAAAAAUGGAAGUAUCUCGGCAGCCUUUCUCGAGAUCCCUUAUGCCAAAGUUUUCACCAACAAUUAUUGCAUGAAAUACACCGUCAUUAAUCUCAAAGUGUUUCAAGAAGGUUCUCCAAUGGCUGAUGAUGUCUCUAAAGCCAUUCUACAAUUGUCGGAAAAUGGUUCCCUCAAAAGGUUGGAAGAGGAGUGGUUAACUCCAUCAUCAGAGUGCUUAGACUCCCAGAAUACCAAGAACGUUGAUAGCUUGGGCUUAGAAAGCUUCUGGGGCCUAUUCCUCUUCUCCAUUGUCACGUCCUGCAUUUGUUUUUUAAUAUUCGUUGCUCAUCUACUAAGGAAUUAUAGACACCAUCAAUCAAGAAUAGGUGACAUCCAUGGAAGUGAUGAGAGUGUUUGGAAUAAGACACGUAAACUUGCACGAUACUUGAGUAAUGCAGAGAUUAAAAGUCAAACGAAAGAUCCAACGACUGGUCAAGAAUGCAUUAAACCAACUAAUCCAGAAGAUCAAUUCCACUGCCCACUAGCGGGGGACCCAAUUAAAGUCAAGGCAAAGUUCAACAGAGAACAGUCAAUACCAAACCUCACCACCGACGCUUACCACCAUCGCCACUAUGACUACUACAAAUCAGCACUGCCACUGAAUCACAGCAACGUCCUCAGGUUCUACACGGACAAUGCCCCAGGGGUGAAGAUCAGCCCCAAUGUCGUCCUCGUCGUGAGCCUUUGCUUCUUCGGCUUCGUCAUUACUCUCCACGUGUUUGGCAAGCUCUACCGCUACCGAUCUGGUGCCCCUAGAGCUUGA